AUGGCCCCAAAACCCCAAAGAAGUGUGAAUUGGAAACCACAAGAAGAUGAGGCAUUGUGUAGAGGGUGGGUUUCUGUCUCUGAAGAUGGGGCUAUUGGCACGAAUCAAUCAAACGAUUCAUUUUGGUUGCGUGUGUACCAAAAAUUUUUGGAAAAUGAUCCAGGCAUGAGCGGAGCCGACGAUCACCACAAGCUAUUGCUUCUCGGUUCAAGAUCAACCAACAAUGUUCUCUUUGGAAGGCAUGAUAUGACUGCAAAAACAUUUUUCUUGAAUGAUAAUAAACCUCUAAAUAGGCCUUUCAAGUUGUAUCAUGCUUGGCAAAUCUUAAAAGACUGCCCAAAAUGGAAUGACCUAUGUGAAUCUCCCACACAAACAUUCAAAGAUUCUUCUCAUAGUGGCAAUACAGUCAACUUGGAGGAAGAUGAAGAUGAUGCGGUCAUGCCCACUCCAAGGCCAUUGGGAAGGGAUAAACAGAAGGAUGAAAAAAAGAAAGGGAAAUGUGUUGAAAGUUAUCUCAACCAAAGUGGUAAGUUCUUGUAUGAAUUGAUUCAACAAGGAAAUGAGGCAAAAGAGGAUAGGCGGCGAAAGUUAGAGCUCCUACAAGAGCAACAUGCAUAUCAAAUCCAACAAGAUAAGGAGGCCAAUGAACGGAGGAUAAUGUCCAUGGACCUAUCCAAAUUUACUCCAAGAAAGAAAAAGUAUUGGGGGAAUAAGCAAGACGAAAUUAUUGAGGCCCAGAUGAAUACAAGUUCCCCCGACAAUCCAGAAGACAACUCUGGAAACUAUUAUCCAAGCCCUCCACAUAGUGAUUAUUAA